AUGAAAAUUUAUUUUCAUAUUUUAUUUUUUAUUCUUCUUUUGCUUUAUUCUAUUUAUGCUAGUCAAAACGAAAAUAGUCGAAAUCGUCGCAACCGUGGUAGAAAUGCUAAUCGUGUUAGUGCAUUUGAUGUUUUUACUGGCCAAGCUUCUCGACAAGACACUUUUAAUUAUGCUUUAGGAAAUUAUGCACCCACUAAUCGACGAUCUAACCGCCAUCGUAACAAUCAACAGGAAGUAGUUGAUGGGCAUUCUACAACUGCUGAAUUUGGUGUUUAA